AUGCAUUCACCCCACAAGCCCUCUAAGGAUAUCGUCAUUGGAAGCACUUGCGGGAAAGCAGGACGACCAGCGAUCUUGCCUUCAGAAAUAUACGACUUGAUUUUUCAUCACUUGGAUCGAUUCGAACUUCCAGCAGUAGCUCUUGGCAGCAAAUCCUUCCAUUCUAUCGCAACUCGCGUCUUGUACCCUACCAUCAUCCUUAAGAAGCCCAUCGAAUCAAUCCAUUGUCUCCAUACCAUUACAAGUAACGUAUACUUAGCGUCCUUGGUGCGCACAUUCAAAGUAGACUGGUCCGAUUUCAAGUCACCCACCUCGAACUUUUACGCGCUCGCUCAAAGAGCUUUACGUAACCUCACCAACCUCAGCGCCCUGACCCUUGAGCUUCCCCGCCGACCUCCAUGGAUCCUUGACGACUGUUCUUUCCGUCUGAAAGAGUUUUCUUCGUCCUACCCAUGGAAGGACAGGCUCGCAUGGUUCAUCGAAUCCCAGCCCACGCUUACGGUCUUGACGCUCCAUGGCCUUGACACCCUUUCUGUGACUGCAUUCGAGGGUGGCAUGUUCAGACCACAGCUUUCUAUUGGUGUAAAUGGGUUGGAUGCAGCGGCCGUCCCCAACCUUACGUCGUUACAUGCCAUUCACGCGACCCCCGAGCUGCUGUCGAUGUUUCUCCUUGGGCGGCCUGUACGGACGUGCUCUGUGCCUGUCUAUCCCGACUCGGCUCUUGAGAUGCUGGAUGCGCUCAUGACGACGUCGGUGACGAUAGAGAAACUGAGCUUGAUGAGCUUUGAUCCUGAAGCACCUGGAUAUUUAUUCAUGGAGGUAGGGAAGCGGUUCCCACAGUUAAAGGCUCUGCACGUCCUCCUGCUAAGGGCAGAUUAUACGGAGGAGAUACUAGACGGAAUAUCGCCAUCAUUGAGGGUAUUCAAGCAACUAGAGUAUCUUACAUUCAUGGCACAGGUACCAUUGAGUGGAUCUGCCAAGUGCGAGCACAAGAUCGCUACUCAAUGGCAUUUGCACUGCCCGUCUCUGAAGACGAUCAUUUUGCCGGAAGGGAAGAUGUGGUUUAAGACCUCGUAA